AUGGCUUCAGGUUCCCAACGUGAUAUUAGUCACGCCAUUCCCGUAGCGGUAGCUGGUCUGACAAGGCAGACGAAGACGCAGACGUCGUUACCAUCACCAUCACCAUCGUCGUCGUCAUCAUUGUCAUCAUCAUCAUCGUCGCAACAGCAAGAUCCAACAACAUGUGGGGUGUGUCGGCGACCGCGAUGCCCGCUGCCCUCGCACAGAGCGUAUCUUGCUUACCGGAGCCGCAAAAACAGCAGCAGUACAUCCGCGGUGACAGUCACGACGAAAACCACAAAAGAGCCAGAUGAGCUCGGGCUCGGAAAGAACCAGAAGCCAAAGCCACAGCCACAGCCACAGCGCCAGUCGAAGCUGCUCGAGACAAGCUUCGUCAAGUCGUAUGCGUACACGAGCACGCCGCCCUCAUUGGGAGCUGGCAGGUUGGAUGGAUUCCAUGACUUGCCUGUGUCGGGGGGACAUCGAGCCGAUCUACAUCAGUCGGUUUACAAUUUACUCCAUUCCAAGAUGGGAGCCGCAACCGCUUUCCCUCUACCCGAAGGUCUCGCCAUGAACGAGAUCGGAGGGAGCAUGAUCAUGCCUGUCAUGACCGACACGUCGUUAUGCCUCAGCGUCAUCGCCGCGUGGAAAGGGGUCGAGUACCUGAUGGGCCACAGCCCGGCCUUUGCUCACCUCGCGUACGAGACCCAAGCCCUUCAGUCGCUGCGGCGGAAACUGCUGGAUCAGGGACAAACGGCCGUCACCGACGAAGCCAUCCUGUCGGCUGUCCUACUCUGGGCCACGGCGACCAUGUUCGCCCAGCCCGACGCCCUGAGACGACACGCGGCCGGUGUUCAAGCACUGGUGGCAGCGCGUGGAGGUCUCAGCGCCAUCGGUCGCGCUGGGUCGAUUGGCCAGGCCGCCUCCAUCAGACAAUUGAUUCUCUGGGCCGACUUUCUCACGGCGCAGUUUCUGGGGGAAGACGUGCUCUUUGGCGAGCCUGGACCUACAGGGGCCGACGACGACGCGCCCAUGCCGCCGUCGCUGGCGAAAUUGUCCGCCGUGGCCGUCGUCCCGGCCUCCUUCAACUCCCUCCUCGGGCCAGAAACGCUCAAAGCGGCACGCGACAUGAAACUACUUCUCGUCUCCCACGACACGGCCACCCGGACUGGCCGGCUCUCCAUCGCCGAAUACAGAUACCUCAUGCAACUGCUGAACAAGAGCACCAUCGAGCGCAUCAGCCUGGCCUAUCGGCUACGUGGUUCGCAUUCCCUGGACGAGGCCGUCGUGCUGGCUAUGAACCUGCUGCGGCUGACGACACUGUUCCACGCGGGGCCGUUGGUCCCGAUCGUGGUCGCCGUCAUCUCGCGGUUGCGCAAGACCCUGGCCUACAUGACGACACUCGAGUCCAUUGACACUUUACCUCCCGGCGGCGGUGGCGGUAUCACUGAUGAUUCUUACUCUUCCUCCUCCUCCCAUUCUUCGCCUUUUCCUCCCCCUCCUCCCACUCAGCCAUCUUCUCCCGACUACAUCGACUUGUAUAUCUGGGCCUGCUUCGUCGGGCUGGUCAACACAUUCGAGAGCGAGAACCGCUCGCAUUUCAUCGAGAUGCUCAGCACGGCCCUGGCCCGCAGGUACAGGUACAGGUACAGGUACAGACACGGCUAUCGGAGCAGGGACGUCAGCUGGCCCGACGACUGGCAGCGGGAUGUUUUGGAGAUGUUACGCUCGUUUCUGUGGUCCAACGUCGUCUUGACGCCUCUGUUCCCGGACGCGUGCUUGAUGAUCGAGUCCUAUGUCUUGUCACCGACGUCGAGCGGCGGCGUUCGCACCAGCGGCGUCACUGAAGGAUGGUCAGUGCCCGAAUCGGGCAAGUCCUCCAGAGGAGGCAAGAGUUGA